UGCACAUGUGUAAAGAUGGCUCAUGCUAAGAUCUCCAUGUACCUGCCUCCCAAUAUCAAUCCUGCCCAGGCUGACAUCGCCUAUGGCUGCCUCGCCCUGCCCAAGCUGAACAGAGAGCUGCAGUCAGACAACCUGCUGACAAGACAGAAAGCCCUUGUGGCCCUAUGUGACCUCAUGCAUGACCCGGAGUAUGUCUACGAGGCCAUCUCCAUAGGUUACCUGGACAGCCUGAAGGUCUUGCUGAAGGAUGGUGAUGACCUGGUACGGAUAAAGACCACCGAGGCGCUCUACAUCAUGGCGACCCAUAGCGUGGGCAGAAUCGGCUUUAUAGAGUACGACAUUAUCUUUUCCCUGGCCUUCCUGCUGAAUGACCCCAACGACCUCUGCCGGGAGAACAUGUACCAAGCCUUCAAGCACCUGGCCCAACUGCCUACAGUCCAUCCAUGGACCCCAUGCAGCCUGGGGGGCCAAUUCAAGAAGGCAGAGUGGAAGGACAGGAUGGCCUUGGAGUGA